AUGUCCCGACCUGCGGGGAACUCGAAGUCACCAGACGCCCACCCAUCAAUGACUGUGGACUCCGCGGUCGACUUUUCCCCCGACCCCGACAUCACCGUGAUUAGGACCUCAAAGUGGAUUUUCACACCUCAACAGUUCGAGGAAUACCCUCCAAAGUGCAGCCUACAGAAAGACAUCUACCGUCCAUUUCCCCCGCUGCCAGAUAAAUUGCCAGCACCAGCCGAUGUAGACGGCGCCGCUCUCGUCACCAAGGCUCUCCAGUCCCUCAAAGAUGCACUCGAGGCUGAGGAUAUUUCGCAACUCAAAGCCCUUUUCCUUAGCAGUCAAGCCUACUGGCGUGAUCUUCUAUCUUUCACGUUCCACAUCAGAACACUCAACGACGGACCUGUCAUAGCCACGGCUCUGAAAAAGCUGGUCGGGGAGCGAGGCCUUGUCGGUGGCUUCAAAUUCGUUCCAGGCUCUGUGCACGACGUGUCGCCUACCCCGACUCUCAGAUGGAUUCAAGGUUCCUUCACCUUUGAGACGGCAAGCCCCAAGGCAAAGGGUGAAGGUUCAGUCCAGUUGUUCCCAGAGCUGGGAUCGGAUGGCCAGAUCAGUUGGAAGUUAUGGAUCCUGACCACCUGGUUGGAGGACUAUGCGGACUGGCCAGAAAACACACACCUCCUCACGGCCCCAGGGAGGAAUUUACAAGACGUCGAGCACAUCGACACCGACGUCCUGAUCGUCGGCGGUGGCAAUGCUGGUCUCAUCGCAGCUGCCAGACUCAAGGCUCUUGGCGUCGAGAGCGUAGUUGUUGACAGGCUAGCUCGACCGGGGGACAACUGGGCCACUCGCUACGAUAGUCUUCGCUUCCACAUUGGGAAGGGAAAUUGUCACCCUCCAUUUCUGCCAUAUCCCGACGAUCUCCCACUGAUUCUCACACGAGAGAUGCUAUCCAGCCACAUGAGGGAGUAUGCCGACAAGUUCAAGCUUAAUAUCCUCCACUCCUCGACUAUGGUGGGCAGCUCUUUCAGCAAGAACAAGGGCGUCUGGAAUGCCAAGAUCCGGACGCCUUUUGGCAUGAAGACGCUCAGAGCGAAGCAACUUGUCCAGGCCACUGGGGUCGGCUGCGAUCACCCAUACAUCCCAAAUAUUCCUGGAAAGGAGCUGUACAAGGGGGUUAUCAACUUCCACUCGAAAGAGUACAAGAACCCGAGACAGUUGCUGGACAAGGGUGCCAAGUCAGUCAUAAUUGUCGGCUCUGCCAACUCAGCCUUUGACCUGAUGGAGGACUGUGCAGCGGCAGGCCUCAAGACCACCAUGAUCGCCCGCAGUCCAACGUUCAUCUUCCCCUGGGACUACGCACUGUUCCCCGAGGGCCUUGGCCUGUAUGAGCGGGUCCCUGCGCAUGUUGCUGACAAAGUUCUCAUGUCAGGCCCUGCAGCAGUCGGUGGGCAACUUGUCAGGGGCUCGUAUGCGGCAGUGGCUUCGACAAAGGACAAGGACCGGUACAAGCUCCUGCUGGAGAAGGGAUUCCCGGUGUACGACUCGGCCCAAGGGGGCGACCUAGUACAUCACCUGAUGGAAGCGGGCGGCAAGCACUUCAAUGACAUUGGCGAGGGUAUCCGGUAUAUCGUCGAGGGUAAGGUCGCCGUGAGGGGGCUAGUCGAGCCAGUAGCAUAUACAGAGACAGGGCUCAAGCUCAGCGACGGCUCCACGGUCGACGCAGACUCAAUCAUCUGGGCCACUGGGUUCGCCUCAGACAAGGAGCGCAGUACAACGGCUGAGGUCCUAGGCAACGAGAUAUUCCUUGGGGAUGACGGUGGUGACGCAAAGAGCGUGCUUGGGCCACAGGAUGUGGCUGCUUUGAGGGACGGAAUCUGGGGCGUUGACAAGGAGGGUGAGCUUCGUGGCAUGUUCACGAGGCACUACCGCGUGCCCAACUAUUACAUCCAUGGGGGCACGACUGCGCACCACCGGUAUCACUCCAAGCACGUUGCUCUUUUGAUCAAGGCCGAUCUCGAGGGUGUUCUGCCCGAAGCGUACCGGGACACGCCUGAGCCUGUGUGA